AUGUCUUGGAGACUCGUACCGUCCGCCGCACUCGCAGCUGCCAUCGUACUACUUAGUACAUACCAGGCGAGUGCAGAAUGCAAAAACUGUAUCGCACUGGACAAGGAGGGUCGGUCGUUGCUGCGUGCGCACUGGGAGGCGUGCCGGGGAUCAGACGUGAGGCUGCAGGCAUACUGCGCGCUGCGCCGGUGCAAGCUGAUCGCUAAGGACGGCAAGCUGCGCAAGGCUGCCCUGGCACACGUUGCCAGAGGCCUGCCCGCUGACGUCACCAAGGUGCUGGAGAGAUGUGCUAACCAGACGGGUGACACUCCACAAGAGAUGGCGUGGAACAUUUUCCGUUGCGCCUUUGACCCCAAGUCGUUGCACAUUGACGUUACUACCACAGAAGCUACAGGCGACAAUUAG